CACAUUAUAAACAUUCAAUACAUCAACACUAAUCAUGGUUGUGGGAGAAUCACGCUCUGAGCUAUUACAAUGGUUGAACACUACCUUGGAUUUGAAUUAUUCUAAAGUUGAGCAAUGUGGUACUGGUGCCGCGUUUUGUCAACUAUUAGAUUCAAUUGUAGGAGGUGUUCCAAUUUCCAAAGUUAAAUUCAACGGUACUUCUGAAUAUGAUUAUCGUCAUAAUUGGAAAAUCUUACAGCUGGGAUUUACCAAACAUAAUAUAACCAAGAAUAUCGAUGUUGAAAAAUUGAUUAAAUGUCGUUUGCAAGACAAUUUGGAGUUGUUGCAAUGGUUUAGACGAUAUUGGUUGGAAAAUAAGGAUUACAAUGACGUAAACUAUGAUGCUAGUGCAAAGAGACGAGUCAGUGCUGGACCUGCUAGUGCGAGUGGUAGUGUGAGUAGCAGUGCUGGUUCUGCCAAUGUCAGAAGACCAGCUAAACCGUUUAUUACUUCUCCUCGCGUACCCACCCCAGGACAAAGAAGAGUCUCCUCUACAUCGUCAGUUGGAUCAGCGUCGUUCAGAUCUGACAGGGCUACAGGAACCACAACCCCAACCAAUGCAGCACCGGCAAGUGGAGCCGCAUUAAGGUCCAAAGUGAAUCAAUUGAGUAAAGAAUUGGAAGAGUCCUACCAAGAAAUUGUUCAAUUACGUAAUGAAAUUCAAGAUAAUAAGAUUUCAACGGAGAGUCUACAAAUUGAACGUAAUUUCUACUUUAAUAAACUUCAAGAUAUUGAAAUGAUUGUUCAACAUAUUCUUGAAGCGAAAGAACAUGGUAAACUGUAUGAAUUUGCUGAUUUGGAUAUUUUUAAAUUGUCGAAUAAAAUACAAACAAUUUUAUAUGCUACUGAAGAUGGGUUCGGCGAAGCGCCAGCACCAAUGGAUAUAUCCGCUCCUGUUGCAGAAUCAGUAACCAAUGAUGUGUUUAGUGAUGAUAUUGGCAAGGAUUAUCUUGCUACUUCUACAACUGCUUAUUCAAGAGAAGAUAAUGGUACUUCGCUUCAUGUAGCGCAUAAAUCUGUUGAUAUGCUGGAUAAUGAAUCCUUUUAGAAGAAAAAAUAUUUAUAUAUGGAGUAAAUAGUUCGUAAUUAGAGCUAUAUGUGUAGGUUACAUACGUGUCUGUCGUAUAACAAGAGAUUGAAAAUUUUCCUUUUGCUCGUGUAAGUAAACAAUAUAAGUGAACGGCAAGAGCGCGUAUGUUGUUAAAUUUAGAUUUCUAUUUUUUCUCUUUGUGAGUAUUUUAUAUAUUGUUUGUGCCGAUUUUGCGGCAAUUUACUUUUCCAAGGAGUUUGCAACGGUUAGUUCAUGGUUAGGAUAUCCGAGGUUACCCAAUAAUUACCAACUGACAACCUGUGAGACCUAACACUAUAUUGUAAUAACUUAGUAUGAUAAUGGAUAUAGGAGUAGCACGAC